AUGAAGGUAGCCUAUCCCAAAACAACCACCGAUGAUUGCAAGACCAUUGGCGAGGUGGUGAUGCUGCAGACUAUCCUGGAUGAAUCCUCUAGCGCGUCCGUCGAGCCAGCAAAUCGCCGGGCUUAUCGUCUAGCGGAAAAGAGUCGCUGCAGCGGAAAGAACGGUAGGGUAACAAGUCGAGGUCCCAGCGCAGUUGACUCGACCUGUCCACUGGCAGACAAUUCUGGCAAAGGCCCGAUAGAGAGCGGUACGACUUUGGACUGGCUUUAG